AUGUAUGCCAGAGUUUCAAAAAACGCGCCUGCUUUUCUCUUGAUCAAGUGUAAUUUAUCAGGUUAUAUUCAACGAGACAAUAGAUUUAAACAGAUAUUCAAAGAGUCUGUCCUUUCAAUCCGAACACUGAAAAAUCUUGGUAAUAUAAGACAGUACAAUGUAGAUAGGCUGGAAACCUGGGGUUUGAGUACGCUAUGUUUAUUUGGUACUAAAAAAACUAGUUUUGGAAAGAGUUCAAAACAUUCUGUAAGCUGUUUUGAGUAUAAAAUCUUGGAGUCGGUUAUAAGAUGCUUGUUUCUGGUAUACUCAAAAGGAAUGGGUAAUGUUGAUAUUGUCAGCUUAUCAUGGAGAUAUCGGUUAAUUAGAUGA